AUGCGGAAGCUCCUGGGGCGUAACAGCACCAAUAAGGACGGACGGAGUGAAGACGACCAGGCUCCAUUGAUUGAUAAGACGCCUAUUUUCGAAGAAAUGACAAUUACCACCUCUGCAAAGUACGUCAACGGUGAGAAUGUCAUGGCACAUAUCGUCGUGGAGACCAAGCGCAGUGAUGACCGAGGACACACCUGCGUCAGUAACUGUGAUUCGAACACCACUGCGGAAACCAGACAUUCUGGGCUUAGCUCUAUCAGUCUUUCAGAUCAAAGUACAAUUGUCGAGGAUGCGAAGGCCCCGGGAGAACCUGAACUCUUUGCUGUAUACGUUGACGACUCAACCGGCGAGCGGAUGGUUAGACUCUACUACGAGCUCUCACUAAGCCUCGAUGACCUUGAGAUCAGAGGCCUUGAAUCUCGUAUCCCAGAGUCUGACGAUGAUCCGAUUGAGGCCCACGGUCACUAUCGAGGAGAGAAUUUUUGGAUAUCUGUUCCUUAUCCGUAUGCCAAGGCUCGAAUGGUUUCAAGGGGUGUAUACUGA